AUGACGAUGAUCAUCACCCCCCGUUCAGCUCUGCAAGGCCAACUGAUGCCAUUUGACCUUCGAAACGGCCUUUCGCAAGAGCAGGCGUAUCCCGAAAUAGCAUCUGUCACGCAGUAUCUCGGGGCUUUCGUAUUCGCGACGAACGUGGGACUCCUGCUGGGGAUUCCGAACAGGCCCGGGGCCAUUGAGAUCAGGCGAACGGCGUACGCGACAUUUGCAGCCCUGGAAAUCACAUACAUCGUGAUUAUCCUGUGGCAAUUAUGCGUUGCGGGACAGAGCGCGACCGGCGUGAGCAUGGAAAAGGCGCUGUGGGCUUACCUGGUACCCAUGUCUGUUGCGUGUGGGCUCAGGCUCUGGACUCUUUUCGUGCGACCCGACUGGAUGGGCAGGCAGGCCAACGGCCAGCCCAAGCAGAAGGUGCUCUCCGCCGACAAGGAGAAGAAGGUGCAGGCCCAGAUUGCCAAGCUCGACGCCGAGACCGACGACGUCGACGACACAGAGCUCGAUGACGAGCAUCGGAGCUUCCGGCAGCGCGGCCAGAAGCGUCGCCGUAUCAUGCAGAACUUGGAGGCUCAACACAACGACAGGCGUCGCACGCAUGGCAGUGAGAAGAUUGUCAACCGCAUCAACACGCACACGGAGCAGAGCAAGCGACGCUACGAUGAGCUCUACUACGAGGAGGCUCUCCAAGAGGUCCGUGAACGCGAGCUGUAUGCCGAAAAGGAGCGUAAGAAGGACAUGCAGCGCAAACGUCGGCGCGAAAAGUCCAUGGCCGUCACCAUGGAAGCCAAGAAGGCCGCACUGGAGAAGGCCCGCCUCGCCGAGGACGACGACGAGAAGGCCCGCCACCUGCGUGAUGCGGAGCGCGCCAACAAGAAGGCCCAGCAGACGAAGCUGAUUCUUCAGAAGGGCAUCAAGGGGCCCGCACGCAACCUCGAGCUCAACCUCGAAGGCGGCACCAUGUCCACGUUCCAAGCGUCCGACAUGGAGCCCGGUACCAAGACCAAGGGCAAAGGUCGCGGAGGUCCCAGGCCGAAGAAGUCGAAGGAGCAGAAGCAAGCCGAGAAGGACUCUGCCGAGGCUGCCCAGCGCGCGCUCGACGCCGGCGAAGAGCUGCCACCCAAAGACGAGUCGAAGAUUCGCAUCAAGCUCAACAAGUCCAAGUCCAAGGACAAGGAGAAGAAGGAGAAGAAGGACAAGGACAAGGACAAGGAAAAGGAAGACGGCGCCGACGUCGAUGCCACCGAAGCUGAUGAGGAGGUGAAGGAGCCCAAGGAGCCCAAGCCCGCCAAAGAGAAGGUCGAGGAGCCACCGAGCAAGGACGCCAAGUUCCAGACCAAGGGCUACAACCAGAUCUACGACCAAAUCUGGCGCGAUCUCGCACGCAAGGAUGUCAACAAGACCUUUAAGCUGGCUGCCGAGUCUUACCAGAUUAUUUCUAUGUACGUUUUCGAAUACGGGACACUCUUGGUGCUUGUUGCUCUCGCUGACCGUUUCCGCAGCCUACUUCUUGCACUUUGCAUCAUGUCCUUGGCAUGGCAAUGGCGCAGGGCUAGCAAGGGCGAGCUGGACAACCCGCCAAAGGUGCAUCCUGCGGCGUAUCAUACGUCUAUGCCAAUGCCAAAUCCUGUAGGCUAG